UUAUAAUUCAUUUUCGUUGGCCACCAUAGUAUUCGUUAUUCCAUGACUUAUAGCCUUUAUUAAAAUCUUAGAUCAUAUAUAAGAUUAAAAUGUUAUAUAGCAUUUCUUUGUGUCGAGCACGUGCGACGGUUGAGGAAUGACGAUGCGUUUUGUAUUGUUUCGUAGCCCGAUGCCGCGCAGAAGUUUGGUUAAGUUGCCACCCUUGCGGAAUCCGGGUGACAGACUGACUGGGCGCGGAACGUUUAUUUUGUUGUUUAUUCUCAAUGUUUGGAGCAUGAUAUAAUAAACUUAAUAAUAAUAAUAAUACUUAAUAAUAAAUUUAUUAUUUCAUGGUUUGGAGUUGUUACCUUUGAUCUGCGUCAGUGAAUUUUUACAUUUUCGUCCGGUACUUCGGUAAGAAAUAACGAAAUACGAAGCGUCUGUAAACUAAUUUCUACGCUAAAAGAUGUCAAAAAAUCCAUUUGUGAAUUGUAAAUCACGUAAACGAAGAAAGGUAAGAGCUCCGAUUGUCAAACCAAAAGAGAAACUAUUUUGCCCUCGUACUAUGGUGAGAUACGAUAAUUGUCCCACUGCAUUCAGUACUAUAUGGGUUUGCAAAAUGUGCUUAAGAAGUAUGUUGAGCGAAGAUGCUGUUAACAAUCAUUUGAUUACUUGCAAUGCAUUAACAAGAAGAGAUAAAGUUAAUCCACCUAAAAAAAAUGAAGAUACUCAUUAUAUUUGUGAGACUUGUAAAAAAGUAUUUGCAAGGCGUGUUACACUAAAGAAGCAUCUAGAAGUGCAUGAAAAGUCAUCGAGUAGUAUAGAUUCUGAAGAAUCUAAUGAUGAAGUCGAAGAAAUGGAUGAUGUUGAUGAAGUUGAUCUUUUAAAUGCAGAAAAUGAAGAUGAUGACGACGACGACGACGACGAUGAUGAUGAUGAUGAUGAUGAUGAUGACGAAUCUGAGGAAGAAAAUCUAUGCAGUAGCAUUGAUUUGACGACUUAAUUUCAUUUUAUUAUAUUCAUAUUAAUUUUUUUUUUUUUUUUUAAUUAAAUUAAAUUAAAUUAUCUUUUAUUAUUUUUAUAUUUUAUAUAUUAUACAAUUUCUUACAGGUCUUAAACAUCUCAAGUUUUUUCAUAGGCUCAUUGUAUUUUAGUUACAAUUAUAUAUUUAACUUUGAAUUAUGAUAUAAAUACAAAUUAUAACAAAUUAAUUAUACUUAA